AUGGUACUCAAGCUUUAUGGUAGCCGCUGGUCUCCCAAUGCAAAGCGUGUCGCUAUGGUGUUGCUAGAGAAGAAUGAGCACAAGACGGCGGCGUAUACAGAAAAGCAGCCAUUCGGUCAGGUGCCGUAUAUCGAUGAUGAUGGCCUGAUCCUGUAUGAACGCCGAGCCAUUUGCAGAUACAUAUGCAAGAAAUACGAAGACCAGGGAGCCAAUCUAGUGCCGACUGACCUUCAAGCAUUUGCGAUGUUUGAACAAGCUGCAUCCAAUGAGAUAUAUAACUUUGAUGUCUACGUGCAAGCCGCGGCGAUGGAGUCUGUGGUGAAGCCAGCACUGGGGCAAAGGACAAACAAGACUGUCUAUGAGAAAAACAUUAAGAUACUGUCAAUGAAGCUGGAUGUAUAUGAUAGGAUCCUGAGUCGACAAAAAUAUAUUGCUGGAGCUGAUUUGACACUGGUGGAUCUGUUCCAUAUUCCGUACACGGUCGAGCUUGAAGAGGCCGGGUGUGACAUCAUGUACAGCAAGCCCAACGUUGCCAGGUGGUGGAGGGAGUUGCUGGCGCGGGAGUCAUGGAAGGCUGUUGCCACGACUAUUGACUCAAACAUCUGAGGAUAAUCGUUUCGGUCAUCUGUAGAUCAUAUAAAUCACUGCGACUUUCGUCAGCUCGAUUCCAGGGUGCUUUUAAAACGAACUUGGCAACAGAUUCCCUGAUAAAUUCGACAGUUCGGUCUUGCGAUUUUGCUUUACGCUCAUCACGGAUUAUCUUGCAAGCGUAUGGGGCUGGGCUCCACGCUCUUCGCCGGGAAAGUUUGUUUGUAAUCUCCAGCAAUUUCUGUUCUGGGGUGCUG